AUUUUUAUACAAAAUAUAAUAUAUUCAUAUAUAUAUAGCCUAUUUCAGAAAUUCUGUCCCAACUAUAUAAGUAUAUUGAGUUUCAAUAAUAUGGUGCACUACACCCUGCAGUUAUAUUAUUUCUAUCUUUGUGAACUUUCAUUAACCAUUUCUAGCCAUCUUGACUUAGCCAAAGUUGUUACUUUGCACAGAAAAAUCAAUUCUAAGUUGGCCAGGAAACGCAGCCAGCCAUACUUAUUUUUAAAAUUUGCUUCCAACAAUUAUAAUAUAAAAUCUUGCCUUCAACAAAAGCUUUUAACCGCACUUGUUUGAAUAUCACUGUAAAAGAUUAUCAUUGUGACUAUUUCUAGCUAUUUCCAGCUAUAGUUUGUCUUGAUUCUCUAGGUAAUAUUUAUUAGAAACAACAACGUAGUUUACAAGGUCCGAGCUGUGUCAGCCAUGCUUUCAUGAGUGCCUCCUAUUCUAAGUGACGUCACGUAAAACUACAAGAGACUGUCAAUCAACUAUCGUGACAUAGUUUGUUGUUUUGUUGCAGCAGUAAAACCGUGUACUUUAUCAGUCAUAAAAUGAUGUUGACCAUGUGGCUCAAAGCUUGUUCAUUCAUAAAUUAUUUGACAAAUAUCCAUGGGUAUUAUUAUUGGGUAUCUUUUUUGUUAACAAGCAGCCGGCUGCCGGUGAAGUCGUCAUCGAUACUGUGGCUGUCAUGGCGGAAGGACGCUCUAGAGAUCGCUCCUCUGAAAACGUAAUUUCAUCUUCUCCAAGUCCAUCCAGGACUCGCUCAUGGUCAGUAUCAGAUCUCAGUAGCAUGGAUUUAUCGAGACCAGUGGAUUUGUUUGCUUUGUCUUCGCUGAAUUUUACCAAAAAAUGUGAUCAAGUCGCCGAGCUCAAGGGCCUAAAGGAUGAGUCAACUAUCAUCACGAAAGCGCUCGACGGGAAAACAUUAGAAUCACUCAAUAUAUCAGAUCUUAAAACCGAACUGGGAAAGAGAAAGCUUCCGAAAUCUGGUUUAAAAUCGGUGCUUGUAGAAAGACUUAGGACUCACAUCUUAGAUUACGAAAUCUCCCGCCAAAAUUCAAAUUACCAACCGCCACAAAUAGAUCUUGAUAGCACUGUUGAAAGUAAAGCCGACGCCGGCAAUAAACAAGAAACUGAACCGGAAGAAUUAACAUCGACCAACUAUGUUUCCCUAAAGAAGUUUAACGAUCUUGAGCGUGAUGUAUUGGAACUUAAAGAUCUAUACAAAUCAUUUCAGUCCGCUCAAAGGCUUAAAGAGGAAAAUGGUUAUCUGAGAGAAGAGCUUCGGCUAAUAAAGAGUGACAUGGAUAAGAUCAGGGAAGAGAGAGAUUCACUAAAAUUGGUUGUGUCAAUGUUAAGUAAAGAUUUGUACAAAAAUCAUCCUGACAACAAACCCUCGUCACAAGAUCAAGUACUUGAUUUGAAUUGUGAUACAUUGCCCAGCCAAUCAAAAGAUGGAGUUUUGGAAACCGAGACAAAAGAGAGCAACCCAGCCGCGGAAAACAAACGCUCCAAUCAGAAAAAUGCCAACGCAAAACGAAGUCAUAAGAAAUCUAACAAAUCUACGGCCGUAAAUGGAGCUAAGCAAUCUGGAUCAGUACAACAAGAGCACAGAAAGCCCUCUGAGGUAGUCAUCGCUGGUGAUUCGAUGAUUAAGUACAUUAAUGGGUGGAAUUUAUCCAAUGCAUCGCAGCGAGUGAAUGUCAAGUCCUUUUCUGGAGCCCGGGUUAGUGACAUGGCUGACUAUAUUAAGCCAUUGAUUCGCAAAAAACCUGAGAGUAUUGUACUUCACAUCGGAACAAACGAUCUCCGAGACUCGGAGCCCCACAAUGUCGCUGACGGAGUUGUAGAUCUCGCACAUCAAAUCGAAUCUGCUGAUAUUUCUGUAGCUGUGUCGGGGUUAAUAACAAGAUCGGAUUCUGAGGAGCUUACCGGCCGGGUGAAGGAAACGAAUCGUUUACUUCGUUCCUUUUGUAACCAGAACGGUUGGGAAUUUGUCCCUAAUACCAACAUUACAUCGGCUCAUCUAAAUACAAAAGGACUUCACUUGAUCAAGUCAGGCACCCAGGUUGAUGACAAAACUGUUACAUUGCUAAGCCACGAGGAUCUUAAGACUUUAGGUAUUGACUGUCUUGGGGACAGAUUAUUAAUCAUUAACCAUUUCAAAAACUCUGUUCGUGAAGAAAAAUUGGAACGUGUGCGGUCCCUCUUAGAUGCAAGCAAAAAAAGGAAGCAGAAAAGUACUAAUAAUGCCUCAACGAGUAAGAAUGCUCCCACUCUGACGUACUACUUUGGGUGGAAGAACUGGAAUGAGUCUAGAAAGGAGUAUAUCCAGAAAAAGACAAAUAAUGGUGGGGGAUCCAGAGAGUGCAAAUUACCAAGGAAUGCUUCCAAAGAAGAAUGUAUGUCGAAAGCGAAAGCGUUUUUCUUUCCUGAGGGUGAGAGUCCGGAAGGUCGUCAAGAGCUUAUGACUUUUAAGCUCACAGAAAUUGAGAAGGAAAUUGAUGAUGAUUUCAAGUACGAAGACUACAAGAGAGACACGGGUCUUUCAAGGCCAAGGCUGUUCUUGUGCAGUCGUCGACGUAUCAGCUGCGGCAAAGCAAACAACCUAGAAGACAGUGACAGUGACAUUGAUCUUCUUAAAUCAGUAUUUGAUAGUGGCUAUGCAGACUCUGAAGCAGGACCUUCUUUUGAAUUUGACAAGGCAGCUCUCGCGGACAUACUAGGGACAAGUAGAGAAGACAACCAAAGUGAAUUGAUCGGCACAUCUGAGGAGAGAAAAGCCAUUUUCAAGGAACAGCGAGAACAGUUAGAGGAAUCAAGCAGAAUAGACAAGGAAAAAGAUCGUCUGCGUCUAGAAGAAGAGCAGGAACUAACCAAGCAAGAAGAAAUACGCCAAAAAAGAAGACGGCGAGUGCUUGAUGAACCCGCCCCUGGGGAUCAGUCGGUAGAGGUACGUAUACGACAUCCUCGCAUGGGAGUCUUAAAGAGAAGGUUUCACGUAAGAUCAAGUGUACAAGCCGUCUAUGAUUGGGCAGGGUCGGUUAGUGCAACGCCUUUGUACUUUAAGCUAUGCAAGUAUCCAAACACUGUUAUUUAUCCUUCCGAUGAAAUAUCACAAGCAUGCAAUGAAAUCCUUAAUGUGGUUUCAAGAGGACAGCCCGUGCCUCUUUCGGUCGAAGAGGAUUCUGUGACCAUCAAUGACGGGCGAAAGCCCUACAUCGAUAUCGAUAUGGAUGACACAAUACCAGAUGCUCUUCAUAUCGGGCUAUCUGAUACACCACCACAAAUGCAUAUUAUAUUGUAAAGCAUUAUAUAUAUGUUGGGUUCGUAGCGUAGCGUGUAGUUGUAUCCGCUAUCUUCGAGUGCUUUCUGGUAAGGUGGCGCGGUCUGGUCAAAGGAGGCUUGGUCUGAAGAUAGGGCAGAUAGGCGUCUGUUGAUCGACUUCUAAAUAAACGCAUCAAAAUCAACUCUAAAUAAACGCAAUGAGCUCGUGUCCUCGUGCCGCCACAGAAACAAAGCCCUGCUACGAAACAAUUAGAACUGUUAAUCCCGUCACCGUAAAUUUUCGCGCUAUCAAUUUUUC